AUGCCUCGCACAAGCUCUCUUCCCCUUUCUUUUAGGUCUCCCUGCCACAGCUCCUCCCUUGGGAAGGCUGAGGUGACUGCAGCCCUCAUCAACCUUGACUUGGGCUCACAGUUGGGCCUUGCACCCAUUGCCGAAGAGCUGGCCACAAAGUUUUGUGGCUGGAUGCCCCAGGACUUAGUGGAUGGCAAUGUCCAACUUUGUUCAGGAGCUGUGGCAGAAGCCUCAUCAGUCACACAAGUGAUUGACUUGCUUCCAGUGGAGCACCAGUCAUCGCUCUGCCCCAAGUUCUUCAGGAUUGUGGAUACUGCAACGAAAUGCAAGUUAGUAGCCAACCAACUCAACCACCUUUGUGUUGACAAGAUUGCUGGUCACAUUCCCAACUUCUUACAUAGCUGUAAGCCACCCACUGUCCAGUUCUCUAAACAGGCUCAGACUGCUCUCCCCAACCUUGGUGAGGCCAUUGUCAAAGGCCAUAAGCAGUACCUUCUGGAACUGCUUGACACCAUCAUUAUGGAGAAGGAAAAAGAGGAGUGCCAACUACAGGCCAGUCUUAACAUCAUUGCCAUUACUAAUCGACUCUAUGAGUCCAUCACCAUGGUGUACAAUGACCUUAAAAAGUCAUCUUUGGUCCCCAAGGACCCAAAGAAGAUGUUAAAUGAGGCACUGGAGGCUAUGGAUGAAGAUGAGGAUCUCAUCCCCGCCCCCCACAUCCAAGCUAUCUAUAACUCCCUCAUUCACAAGAUUCCCAAUCUUGUCGCCUGCAUCAUUGUACUUGCCCAUGCUCGCAUCAUCACUGAGGAAAUCAAACGCAAAAAGAAGAAGGAAUUAAAAGAUGUAGCCACCACAACUGCUGGGGAAUUUGUCCCCAAUAAAUCCAGCAUUGCUAAGAUGGUCGCCACUCAGGUGAAAAGGCAGUUGAAUGCGAAGAAGAAGAAAGACACUUCUGGCAAGUCCAAAGCCAAGAAGAAGAAAUCUUCGAAGAAAAAUUCCAACAAGCAGUCAACAGCCUUGGACUCGAAAAAGGUGAAGUCAAAGAAGUCCAAGAAUGCCAAGCACUCCAAGGGCAAAGGCAAAGAGAAAUCUUCAUAG